UCCAGUUGGGGCGUCGCGAUGCUCGUGAGAUAGACAUACGAGACAAAAAGCUCCCACUAGCCUCAAGAGAAGUGCAAAGAAGUUAUACCUCAGUUCGUUGUGCGUGUGUUAGGAGCGCAAUUUCUUGGAUCACUUCCGUGAGGAUAUCUUACAACGCAAAAAUUGCCAGCAAUAAAAUUGUUACGAGAUAUUAACCGAAUCACGGAUUCACAUCGAUCGACUACGAUUUGCGUCUGCCGCAACCUACAAAUUUUACCUGGAAACACAGAUCUUGAGAAUAGAACUUCUAUAGACUAUUUUAAGAAGUUGCUAAAUCCAAUCAUGCAAGCAAAACGUUAACAAUAACAUCCGAGUAAAUUAGGCUGUGAGGAUAUCAUGAGACUUUUAUUUCACACACGGUGCUCCAAUUUCAGAAUUUAAAAUAGAAUAAUACUGUUCUCGAUUACCUCAAGAAAUCGCCAGUUACCAAGCUUGGUAAUAACAAGCAAGAAUCUACAUAAAUAGCGUUCGAGUUGAUAAAUCUGAAUGAUUUUAUAUCUCAGAUCUCAAGAUUUAAAAUAGUAACAUUUUGUGUCCUUUUGAAGUACAAUGAUACCCAAGACAAGACUGUAAAUUGUCAUUGAAUAGAAUAGAAGAAUCUACAGUGAAUAUACCAGAUGGUGGUGGUAUUGGUGGAUUAAAACGCGGCUGUCUCUCUCAAAUCGUCCGUCAGAUUCUCGCGAAUGUUCGAUCGGCAUGGCGACGCAGGCGAUUAAUCAUCGUCAUUAUCCGAUCAUUGCAUCCGAGAGCCGAGAGAAAGGCGAUGCUGCUGACGAGGGAAUCAACGCUGCCGUUGACGCCAGAAUGUCGUACCCUUGAUCCCGUCACGUCGCCUCGGUGAACGGUUUAGCGCCUGUUGAGAUCGUGAAUGGAAGAUUUAUUAACUCGCAUCGUAUCGCGAAUAAUCUAACGUACGAUUUUACAGAAGUGAUGAGAUGUUGCAAGCUUGAAAAAAGGAAUCCAGGAAUAAAAUAGCGCGACAUCGUUGAAAUUUAUCUUUUAUCCACAUUUGACGAUCAUCGCAGUUGGCAACAUGUCUUCCAGAGUCAAGCAACAGAUUCGCAUAACGAUCUUCUUCGACGAUGGCACCGUGGUGAUUUACAUCUGAAUCGGCGACGUGGUGACGCAAAUAAAACCAAAGCGGGAUCAGCGACGACGAUUGCGGAGGGAAGAGAGGAGACUCGUGAAAAUUCCAAGGAGCAAGGACGUCGAGAGGGAAAGGAAAGAACACGGCAAAGAAGAAGAAGAGGAAGAAAGGGAAUCAGCGGAGGAAAGGCGAGCGCCUCCCUUUGAAUCGCCACUUAGAAAACCUGGACUCGUCAUACUCAUCUGACGAUCGUCGCAGAAUCUCCGGAAGAAUUCAAGAUUUCGGGGAUAAAGAAACGUUAUCGUCGUAACGCGAGGGAGAAAGAGGGAUAGAGCGAAAUAAAUUGACAAUACGAUGGAAACGAGACAAGACCAUCGAUCGACGAUAGAGAUCUUCGAGAAAAACGAAUCGCGAUCGGACGAAUUGCCUAUCGCGUUGAUCCAUAGAGCUGGAAUCUGUGAUCUUUUGGCGAGACAGACAAUGGCCUGGUGUCAUUACUGGCUGCAAACAUUUCCCAUAAGAAUGACGUUGAACAACGUCGGAUUGUUGACGGUGCUCCUGGCGAUAGUAUCGCCGCGAUCCUUAAUUUACAGGCUUGUUUAUCCGAUUUUCAGAUUGGUUUUUGGCACCCUCUACCCAGCGUACGCUUCCUACAAGGCGGUGCGCACGAAGAAUGUUAAGGAAUAUGUCAAAUGGAUGAUGUACUGGAUCGUAUUCGCACUAUUCACGUGCGCGGAAACAUUUACCGAUGUCUUCUUUAGUUUUUGGUUCCCAUUUUACUAUGAGAUUAAAAUCAUCUUGGUACUGUGGCUGCUGAGCCCGGCGACUAAGGGCUCCAGUAUCCUUUACCGACGCUUCGUGCAUCCCGCGCUAAUCCGUCGUGAAGCCGAGAUCGACGAAGCCAUAGCACGCGCGACUGAGCAGGGUUAUACGGCAGUGUUGCAUCUUGGUACCAAGGGCGUCAACUAUGCCACCACGGUCCUCAUGCAGACCGCCAUCAAGGGUGGCGGCGGACUGGUGCAGCAAUUGCGAAAAAGUUACAGCCUCAGUGAUCUAACCGGCGAAAAGGAGGACGAAAAUAGGAACACAUCCGAUGCGCAUGACGAGACAGACAUGGAAGUAGAACCUCGUCGAAGAGAGCAUGCCGGUAGAAGAGGCUAUAGUCCUCGUAGAACCCAGUCCAGCAGCAACGCGUCUCGAGUAGACUUGUAUUUUUCCGAAGUAGAUGUCGACGUCCGACAACCAAGGCCUAGGGAACCCAUAGCUAGUUUAACAAAUAUAAGGUCUUCGGACGACAUAUCUAGCGGUUAUAGUAGCGGUGAGGCAUUGCAGUCUCAGCGCAUUACUUCUCAGGUUGACGCCUUAGUAAGAACGUCGAGCGUCGGUGCGAGAACGCGCGUAAAGCCUCGUUCUACCACGAAGAAGACGCCAGAAGACAAGGGCAAGGAUUUCAACCGCAUCGAACUUCCAUCUCCUGAAAAUAUCUCCCUUCCGUCGUCCCUGAAUGCCCUCACUCCCGAACAAGCUGUCGAACUUCUGCUAUUGUUUUCUCAGAUUAAGAAAUUGAAAGAUUGCUCGAUCACUGAAUCUACCGCGACUCAUAUCGAUGAAUCCGCGAAUGAAAAUCUAUCUGCGAACGAAAAUCAAUCCGCCAACGAAAAUCAAUCCAUGAACGAAAAUCAAUCCAUAAACGAAAAUCAAUCCAUGAACGAAAAUCAAUCCGCGAAUGAAAAUCAAUCUGCAAACGAAAAUCAAUCUGCGAGCGAAAAUCAAUCCGCAAUAAAAAUAGAAGACAGCGAAUCGUCAUCGACAGAGUCGAGUGAAUUUGUAGACACAGAUUCGACUCAAAUAGACUUACAAACGGUGCAAACUAUAGAAAUUGAGAAUAUCUCGAUGGAAAAGCUAUCGAUUCCGGCAAUAGAAAACACAGAUAAAAUAAAUGUCGAUAAUUCGAUUAACGAACUUGAUUUUCAGCAAAAUGAGUCUCAAAUGCAAAUUGAAUAUAUCGAUGAAAAUUCAAAAGAAGAUCAGAUAGAUUCUUCCCAAAAUCCCGAUAUCAAUGCUGAUAUUGAACAAACAACUAACGAAAUAUGUCAACAAAAGUUUAAUGAGUUAAAGGAAUUGUUAAACGACGCACAUAAAAUUGCGACAAGCAUCGUAUCUUCCCAAGAAAAGUUGAAUACACUCGAUAAAGGUAAGGAACAUGAUGUUUCAGAAAUAAAAAUUGAUGAUUCUCUAAAUAGGAAUAACGAUACCAUGAUCCAGCGUUCUGUGACACCGAUUUCAAGUUGCAAUUUUGACGGCGAUAAUCGCGCAGGGAAAUACCAUAAAAAACCCGCUCCGAAAACUCCAUUAGAUAUUGCAGCAACAACAAAUAAUGAAAACAUUGACGAAAACAUUGACGAAUCUCAAAAUGCUUUGAAGGCUACUUUAAUUAUUAAAACUGGAAUGUUAAGAACUGUUCCAAAUGCGGACGCUACGAAAGAGAUUUUUUUGCCCACGGAUUUGAAAAAGAAAAAGAAAAAAUCUAACAGAUUACGCGCUAAAGAGAGUUUUUCCAAAUUAUUAACGAUCCCAAAGAACAUCUUUCACAAUGCUUUUCAUAAGGACCAAAGCGAAACUUCUUCCAAAGAGGACGAUUCCAGCUCUACAUUCUCCGAGACCAGCGAAUCAGCAUCGAGAUCGGGUAGUAUUGGGUCUCAGGUGUAUGUGGACGCAUCCGCGAAAUUAUCAACUUCGAAACAGGAAAUAGAUAUGGAAGAGAUUUCACUAAAAGAAGAGCAUAAUGAUAUUAAAAGUUUUUAUAAAGACGUCAAUUCUUUUGCCGAUAAAUCAGAUACUUUUAUUAUACCAUUGAAUGAAACAGAUCUCAAUGAAAUUAAAAAUAAUAAGAUUCGAGACGAUACAAGAAAUAUGGAAAACUUUGAAAAUUGUGAAAAGAAUCUUGAAAGUAAAUCCAAUUUUGAGAUUCGUGAGAUGGCACAGCCGUUGCCUCACAACAGCAAAACAGAGAUAAUUACUGAUAUUAAUUAAAUUCAUUUCAUAGAAAGUAUUUAAUCACUACAUGUAUUUGUUUUUGCAAAUAUUCUUAAGAUAUAAGAAAAAAAGCUUGUUCCUUCUGCUAUCCUAUUUUCCCAUAUUUCAUAGAUAUUUUAUCCUAAUUCGGGAAAUCCGGGCAGAAGAAUUGGACUGAUCCGUUAAGAUCAUUACGAGUUUCGCUACUUUGCCUCGCAGUAAGAAGACCAGUAAGAAAAAGGUGGCAUGAAACUUAUCUGCUGCUGACCGUAUUAAGGAAUAAGACUAAGUCUCUUUUCUAAUAGAAGCUAAUUCUCUUCAUCGGCGUGCGAAUCUAAUUUUGCACGGAGCCAUGUUUAACGGGCACAUGCUAUUGGUCAGCAGCCACUAUCGAUUAGCCGAAACACGUGAUGUAUACAAUUAAGUGUCUCUAGCACCGAUACUUUUUAAUUUUUAAUACUUUUUAACUUUUUAAUCAUUGAUUUAUAUUUUAUCGAUCGCGCGCAUUAAUAUUUAUUAUUCGAAGAGAAACUCAUUCUUUUCUCAAAGUUAUUUGCAAGGAGCUCGCUAGAUAUAUGCAAGACACAAACAGAAAUUCUAUCUUAUCAUAUUUUCCCAGGAAACAUACAUAUAUAAAUAAUAUUUGUAUUGAUCAUAUGUUACACCGUUGCUCACAGUCAUCCGAAAUGUUGUACACAUUAAUAUCCUGGAUAAUUUCCCAUAUGUAUCUCUCUCUGGAGAGUCUAGCUUUUAUAUACUAACGUUUGGUAGUGCUGUUAUAGUAAGGGGGACUUGAUACAUAUUGCACGCAGUAUAUCUGCUUUAAUAAUAAGCUUUGAUUAUACGUAACGAAAUUUUUGCCAUACCUGCGGUGUAGCCGAAUGACAUAGAAAAGUUCUCGUUACCCAAACGGAGAAUCAAUGAAAUGUUGAUUCUUCGGCGUCACGUACAAUAAAAGAAACUCUACAUCCUGCGAAACUAUGUAGAAUGACUUUGAUAUUGCAAACGCUAUUGUAACUCGAACAAACUUCUAGGGUCUAGUCAAUAGAAAAAUCUGAGUAGGAACUGAGGCCAUACUGAAAUAGUGCCACGCGAUUACUCCUCCCUUCUCCCUCCCCCUCCCCUCGUAUUCUCCUUUUCGUUAUCAAAUAAUAAUGUUUGAUGGACUGUGUCUAAUUAUGAUUGCGUAUACAAAGUAUAUCGUAUGAGUAUAAUUGAAUAGCUACUCUAUCCUUUACGGAAUCUGAAGUUCGAGAAAUCGCACGAGUUUCUUAAAAACUCUAGAUAAUUAUGCGAUCCUGCUUAAGGACCAACAUUUGUCUAUUAAAUUGUGACAAAUUGUAAGAAUAUUGUUAACAUUUCGUGAAAUCGUUUUCAAUUUUUGCACAUUUCGAUGAUUCAAGGAUAGGAUACGUACACUUUGAUAACGAGUAUUUUAUGACGCUGGUUAUAUUCUUAAUUUCACUUUUAUGCGUUCAUAGUUUAAGAUAUAUCUAAAUUUGUGUGUGCAAUUUACAGCUUAUUUAAGUAUUUAUUCUAGUAUCCUUUUUGGAUUAUAAUUGCGUUUUUCGUAUCGAUAUUCUUUUACAGCGAACGAUUUUCGUUCGCUCAUGAGACUUACGCACAAGUGCUAUUGAUGACUAUUUUAAAUUAACUGUAUGUAUUAACAAAUUCAUAUAUAUAUAGUUUAUUGCAUUGUAAUUUAAUGUUCAUUGCAUAUCUUAGGAGAAAUUAACAUAUUAUGUAAUUAAUGUAAAAAUUAGGAAAAAGAAAGAAAACGUAAGAGGCGCAGCGUUAAUUUAUUAGUUAAAAGCUCGAUAAGAGCAAAAUAUUUGAUUUGUUACUCGAUUGACGGUUGUUGAUUUUGCGUAUAUAUAUAUAUGUUGUACGCGAGAUUCGCAAACAAUCAAUCGAGAAAGAAAAAUGUAGCAAAUGCUCAUAACUCGUUUCAUGGAGUAUAAAUAAAUCAUGUAAAUGCAAUCUACGAAAAAGAAUGUAGAAUAAUAUAUCAUUAUAUAAUACAAAUCUAUAUACAGAAUAGAUAUUUUUAUGAAAUUCAGAUAUUUGCUUGAAAUUGAAAUACAUUAUACGCAUUUGCUGCAUUUUGUCUGCAUCUUUGAACACGACUCAUUGGAAAACGUUAAUACGUAUUCAUCUCGAACUUUAUAUAUGCGAGCAUAUGUGAUAAGAAAGUGAGUGUGAGAGAAAAUGCUCAAUUAUGAAUCUUUAUCGGUAUUAAAAAAAACGGUCAGUUUCCUAGAUCUUAUAGAUAUAUACACAUAUAUCUCUUGUUCUUUAUAAGUAUUUACGCCUCCGGCGCAUAAAUUGUGUGUCCUGAGCUCUAUUGUGGUGCUGCGAUCUUUGUAAUUUGUUUUACAGUUAUGUAUAUAUAUCUCGAUAGUAUGAAAAAAAAACAAAAUUGAGGAUAUGUUCAAAACAAAGUUACUCUCCGCGCGUUUUUAGAGUUUCCCGAAAAAUUAUCGAAAAUGCUGAGUGAGAUCGAUUAACGGUUAUUCAAUUCAGACACGUAGCAUAGAAAAUAAAUGACAUUAAAGUACGA